AUAUUUUUCAUUAAAAAGUCUUUUAGAGAGAGAAAGUAGAGAGAGAGAGAGUCCAAAAAAUGGGGGAUGAAAAAUCAGGAGGAAGCAGCACUAGAGAUCGGGAGCUGCUUAUUCCCGUCGCUAACACCGCCGGAGAUGACGGCGCCGCCUCUUCUAAACCCUCGCCGUCUUCUACUUCAUCUUCUCAUAACGCCGGCCGUGAGACUUUUUCCAAAGUUGUCAGGAGUUGGGCUUCUAAAAAGUUCAUGACAGGAUGUGUCAUCCUGUUGCCUAUAGCUAUUACUUUCUACAUAACGUGGUGGUUCAUACAUUUUGUGGAUGGAUUUUUCUCUCCAAUCUAUGAUCAACUCGGCAUAGAUAUAUUUGGUCUUGGGUUUAUGACUUCCAUUAUGUUUAUAUUUUUGGUCGGGGUGUUUAUGUCGUCAUGGUUGGGUGCAUCUGUUCUGAGCCUUGGAGAGUGGUUCAUCAAGCGGAUGCCAUUUGUUCGUCAUAUCUACAAUGCCUCCAAGCAAAUUAGCUCUGCAAUAUCUCCAGAUCAAAACACACAAGCAUUCAAGGAAGUUGCUAUUAUUAGGCAUCCUCGUAUUGGUGAAUAUGCAUUUGGUUUCAUCACUUCAUCUGUUACUCUUCAGAAUUAUUCAGGGGAGGAAGAGCUAUAUUCUGUGUACGUCCCAACAAACCAUCUUUACAUUGGCGAUAUUUUCUUGGUCAAUUCAAAGGAUGUUAUUAGACCAAACUUAUCUGUUCGUGAAGGAAUUGAAAUUGUGGUUUCUGGUGGUAUGUCUAUGCCACAAAUACUAUCGACGCUGGAUUUAAGUGAGAAUGUUGACAGACCUAGAAACAACAGAAGCUGAGGAAACAUGAAGAUUUUUAGAUGUAAGCAAAGGUAAGCCAAUUCAAUUGAACAGUGGUCUCUUGGUUUAGGUUAUCAAGUAAUUGUUUUUAGUAACGGGUUCUGAUUAUGUUAGUGUAUACAAACAUAGAGAGGCAGUUUUUUUUUAUGGUGAGGUGGUGGCAGUUCAUAGUCAAUAGGCGGUAUGAUUCUAUGUUGUUUGUUUUAUACAUGUAACUUUAAAUUGGACUCGGAAUUAAGAGCCGAGGUGAAUUAUGUAGAUAAAAGUUAGAUUAUGCUGCUUGAAAAGGUUUAUUUGCAA